AUGGUGUUCACUCCUUCGGUCUUCUUAAUACUCACCCUCGCGUCCCUCAUUCUCGUAGUCGCCGCUGCGACAGACUACUAUAGAGUCCUAGACGUUCAUAGGUCUGCUUCGGAUCAGGACAUUCGGAAAGCGUACAAACGUCUAAGUCGACAGUAUCAUCCCGACAAGAAUAAGGAUCCGGAUGCAGAGACGCGCUUCGUAGAAAUCGCGCGGGCGUACGAGGUUCUCUCCGACACGCAGAAGCGCCAGAUAUAUGACCGACACGGAGAGGAAGGAUUGAAGGCACACGAAGGCGGGCAACCGCAUCAUGCGAAUCCCUUUGACAUGUUCUCAUCCUUCUUUGGUGGUGGUGGACAUCCUGGGCAUGAUCAGGUUCGCCGCGGACCGACGUCUGUAUCUGAUUUCGAGGUUCCCUUGGCGGACGUCUACACUGGCGGGUCUGUUGAUUUCAUGAUCAAGAAGAAAAUUCUAUGCGAUCACUGUCGUGGCUCCGGCGCUGCUUCUGACGAAGACAUACACACAUGUCAUGCAUGCGGAGGCGCCGGCGUACGGUUACAAAAACAACAAAUCUUCGCCGGCAUGUUCGCCACCACGCAAGCAACGUGUAACGAGUGCGGGGGGCGCGGAAAAGUGAUCAAGAAGAAGUGCCCGCACUGUCGUGGCGAGAAGGUUAUCGAUUACUCUGGCUCGUACACGCUCGAGAUCACGCCCGGUGCACCGGAAGGUCAUGAGGUUGUGUUUGAGGGAGAGGCGGAUGAGAGUCCGGACUGGGAGGCUGGAGAUGUUGUACUCAGGGUACGCACACAGAAACAGAAGGGCGGCUUUAGGAGAAAGGAGACAAGCUUGUACUGGAAGGAAACCAUCGGCGUAGACGAGGCGCUUUUAGGCUUCGAGCGCAACCUGACGCAUCUGGACGGGCAUGUAGUAACGUUGAAGCGUACGGGCAUCACCCAGCCUGGCUUCGUGCAGACCAUCAAAGGUCAGGGUAUGCCGGUCUUCGAGCGUCAUAAUGAGUUCGGUGACCUUUUCAUUGAGUACAACGUGGUCUUGCCCCUGAGCCUCUCGACUGAGAUGAAGACGCAUCUCGCCGAGGCUUUCUACGGCAAGGAUAGCUAUAGAGCAGAUAGGGACGAGUUAUAG